CCCUCGCAUUUCCAAGCUUCGGCGGGGGAGCGUUCUUGGAAAAUGAGGACCUGGGCUUGUAUGAUUUUCAGGGCAAAUAUUUCAACAAUUCUCCCCUUUGGAGAACGAAAGAGAAGGGUCCAUAAACCGUCAACUUUCGCGACGCUCCCUCACUCUAGGCUCCAAAGAGUGCGGCGUGGAGGCUAAGAACUACAUUUCCCAGAAUGCAUUGAACCUGACCCGGAAGUUUCAAUUCGGUUCUGGACCAGAGAUUUGCAGUGAAUGAAAAUAUAUUGUAACACGUCUUAUUGUUCACGGCACAUGACUUCUUGCCUCCGAGGGAGUCAUUUUUCAGAAAGAGCGGCUUUUUGAGGCCCCAGAACGAAUUCCCGGGCUUCGAGACGCGGAAGAGUAGCUCUCUGGGUCAGAAGGCGGAGGUCAAAGGGCCGAAUUGGCGGGAGAAUAUGUUUGCGCUCCGCGAUCUCAGGCUGCGGUAGCUUCUUAAGGUUCAUUGCCCCCGGUGAAGGGUGUUGGGGGUUGAUGAUGGAAGGGUAGUGGCCGAAAGGAAGGAGGGGUCGCCAGAACAGCGCGUUCCGAGGAGCCGUGGAAGUAGCCGAGUGGCUUAGGCUGUAGAAGUUGAAGAGCCUUGCAAUACCUGCACCGCCCCCAAACUGCUUCUUCGGGUCUCAAGUCUUCGGAUCCACGUCACACUUCUAGGAAUAGUAUUCUUUCUCUUCUGGAAGCUGACGGGACCAAAAUGUAGACAGUGCCAAAGUGGUGACAGAAGAAAUCUCAGGAGAAAGCAUUUUUACCUUGUCCUGGGGACAGCUGCUGGGCCUACCAUGGCUCCUGUGAAGAUUAGCCACGUGGUAUCAUUUUCCUCUCAGGAUCCCAAGUAUCCUGUGGAGAACUUGCUGAACCCAGACAGACAGAGGGGACCUUGGCUCAGUUGCCCUCAGGACAAGAGUGGGCAACUGAAAGUAGAACUGCAGCUGGAAAGGGCAGUGCCCAUUGGCUACAUCGACGUGGGUAACUGCGGCUGUGCUUUCCUGCAAAUUGAUGUGGGCCGAUCUUCCUGGUCCCUGGACAGACCUUUUGUCACCCUGCUCCCUGCAACCAUGCUAAUGUCCCUAGCUGAUUCAAAGCAGGGGAAAAACCGCUCAGGGGUCCGCAUGUUUAAAGAUGAUGACUUCCUGGCUCCAGCCUCAGGUGAAUCAUGGGAUCGACUUCGCCUGACUUGCUCCCAACCCUUCACACGUCAUCAGUCCUUUGGCCUGGCCUUCCUGCGUGUGUGCUCCUCUCUGGACUCCUUAGAGGACCCUGUGAUGGAUCCCUCAGCCCCUGUGAGCUCUGGGCUGAGCCAGGACUCUUCUAAUGCUUCGGAGUCUAGUCCCAGCCCCUGGAUGGCUAAUCCUUCUAUCCGGAGGACAUUCUUCCCAGAUCCCCAAACGAGCACUAAGGGAAUUUCAGACCUUAGGAAUAUCCUGGAGCAGCUGCAGCCGGGGACUCUGGGGCGUUCAGCCCGCAUGGUGCUUUCAGCUGCCCGCAGGGCAUCUCCAGCCAGCGUGGCCAGCCCAAAACACAGCCCUUCAGGACCAGGUCCCAGUCAUCCAGACAGUGCAGAGCCCAGACCAGAGGAGCAAAACUCAGAGAGUGACGUGGGCAAGACGAAGAGACAGAAAGUGCAAGCCCGCCGGCCUUUAUCCAACUCAAACUCUCAACCAAACAGGAGCGGGAGAGCAAAGGCAGGGCGGAGAGAACCCCACCGACUGCAGGCCCAAACUAGCAGCGUCCAGGAGAGUGGAGAGUGCCCCAUUUGUGCAGGCUCCUUCAGCGUUGAGAUUCUUCCCCAGCACGCGGCCACUUGUGGAGAGACCUCCCCACCUCACCUAGCCUCUCCCUCCUCAUCACCACCUUCAUCGCCAUCUGUGCUGUGGGUGUCCUCCUCAGAGAGCUCAUCACCCAUGUCCUGGAUCCAGUGCCCUAUCUGCCAGCUGCAGUUCUCAGCAGGAGAAGUAGAAGAACAUGCCAGCAUGUGUGGGGAGGUCCCUCAGGCAUGAGCCAUGAGGUCCUGUGGUUUUGGCCUCCUUGUCCUCUGUGACUGAAACUGGGGAGUGACAACUAAGAAGGACUGAUGAGACCAAGCGCUCUCCUCCCCUCCACUCAUUCCCUCAGGACUCUGCCUAAUGGCACCUCUGAGCCCAGCCUGCCCCCGCUCCCAGUUGUCAAGGCUUCUGUCACCAUGACACCUUAUUUUCCCAAGGAUGGAGUCAUCCUUUUCCCCUUUGGAACUUCUGGGCUUUGGGACAUAGUCCAGAUGUCUUCCCCUAGUGAGUGGUGUGCAUCGUUGUGCCCGUUUUCCGGAAAGGAAAACUGAGGCCCUGUGAAAAGAAUUACUUCCUAAUAAAUAAGAUCCUGUGGUGUACUGGGAA